AGCGCCUCUGCUCAUCAUUCGGCAGCAAUGGAGCUGCCAGUCAUCGACCUGGCUCCUUACUUGUCCUCCCAGGCUGCGAACGAAGAUUCCGCUGACAGCUUGUCUGAGACUGACGCUCUGAAGAGACUGUGCAAGCAUGUUGCUGAUUGCUUGAAAGAGGCGGGGGCCCUUGUCGUGCGGGACCCACGGUGUUCGACGGAGGACAACGACAGGUUUCUAGACAUGAUGGAGACGUACUUUGGGAAGCCCGAUGAGUUCAAGAGGCAGCAGGCGCGGCCUGACCUACACUACCAGGUGGGGGUCACGCCAGAGGGUGUGGAGCUCCCCCGGAGUGCAGUAGAUUCUUCAGUGUGCGCCGAUGUGAACGGCCUUUCGGAAGAGAAUCGACCGCAGCUGCCAACGGGUCCUGAUCCAAAGUGGCGGUACAUGUGGAGGGUUGGGCCCCGACCAGGGAAGACGAGAUUUCAGGAGCUGAAUGCGGAACCAGUGAUCCCGCCCGGAUUCCCAGAGUGGGCCGACGUGAUGAACACCUGGGGGAGGAAGAUGAUUGCUGCAGUCGAGGUCGUUGCAGAGAUGUUAGCCAUAGGCUUUGGCUUGGAAAGGGACGCCAUCACGAACUUGAUGCACCAGGGGCCCCAUUUGCUGGCCCCAACCGGCAGUGACCUCUCACGGUAUGGAAAGGGCACCGUUUUCGCGGGUUAUCACUACGACUUGAACGUGAUGACCAUUCACGGGAAGAGCCGGUUCCCGGGCCUCUUCAUCUGGUUACGGGACGGGACGCGGGUGCCUGUCAAGGUACCUGAUGGGUGCUUGUUGCUACAAGCAGGCAAGCAGUUGGAGUGGUUAACCGGGGGCGAGUGCAAAGCGGGGAUGCACGAGGUUGCAGUAUCGGAGCAAACGCUGCAAGCGGUCGAGCGGGCGCGGAGGGAAGGGCGCAGCCUGUGGCGGGUUUCUUCGACGGUUUUUGGACACAUUGCGUCCGACGCCAAUUUGCAGCCGCUCGGACACUUCGCGGACAGCCCGACCGCCCAUUUGUACCCGCCCAUCGCCGCGGGGGAGUUCGUCGAGGCGGAGCUGUCCGCCAUCAAUCUGAAGCGCCAGCGGGUGCAGGUACAGCCGGGAACGACAGACCAGGCUGCCGUAAUCAUUGACGAGGAUACUUAAGCCAAUGGAUGUUGUGGUUCCCGAGUCGCGAAGUCAGACCGAGCGGCCUUGACCAUAACGAAGAACGCUGCGCUAAUACUGGUCUGAUCGGAAGUCAAGGUGAUGGUUUGUCGGCCUGACUGCUGCUGGCGAGGGUUCUGCCGGGGGUGAUUGACUAUUGUCGGUCGAUGGCUAUCAACGCAAUAGCAAGAGGGACCGAGACGUAAGCUUGGUUGACCCCAUCGUGUUGAGGAACUUUUGGCUGCUGCACCAUAAUAUGCGCCCCCCCCCUAUCAAGAAAAAGAUAGAAGCGGUACAUUAGGAGUUGGGCGGGACGGAAUGUGGGUCAAAGGG